AUGGGUCGGCUCGACCGGAGUGAUACCACGGCCUCACAGAAAACCGGCGUGAAACAACCACAGCGUUGUGUUUCGCCGUUGUUAACGUACCAGGGUGAAGUGUUGAAGCUGACCAAAAUAUCGCGUUCGGAGAUGGGCACAUACUUAUGUAUCGCCGGUAAUGGAGUCCCUCCCACAGUGAGCAAGCGUAUCCACAUCAGUGUACACUUCCACCCGGUGAUUCAAGUUCCAAAUCAGCUGGUUGGGGCUCCACUGGGCACUGACGUCACCAUCGAGUGUUACGUCGAGUCCUCGCCCAAGUCCAUCAACUAUUGGGUUAAGGAUCCAGGUGAGCUGAUCAUACCCUCUGAGCAUCACGUGAUGUCUGUAAGACAAAAGUCGAUGUUCGAAGCUGAGAUGACUAUGACCAUUAAGAACAUUCGACGAGAAGACCUAGGCAGUUACAUCUGCGUCGCCAAGAACUCCUUAGGAGACGUUGAGAGUAAAAUAAGAUUAUACGAAAUUCCUGGGAAUGAUAGGCAUGCCUACCAGUACCCAGAUGUUAGAGCAACGUCUGAUGAUGAGUACGGAACCAAUACUUAUGAUGACGAUGAUGAGGAUGUCGACAGUAUGAAGAGCAAUAGAGUGCCAGACAGAGCAAAUAAGUGGUACGCAAAUGAAGGGAAAGUGACGGUGACUGCGACCACCGGAGCCGCGUCAACGAUCACCACAACGACUACAAUCUUCCUGUGUCUAAUCAAAAGUCUGCUAUCAUUACUAUAACUGCUUCAACAAAAUGUUUCCCUAUCAUUACGUUCGUUCGCCCUGAUGAUAAUUCAGGUAAUUGUCAACAAUCACAGCCUGUAAUUACGUUUGAUUGGAAUAAUUUCUCUACGCAUUGUUGUGUUCGUUUUUAGAGUUGGCGAAUUUAAUUUUCUCCGUGUUUUUCCACCAGCGUGUAACGUGAUAAUAACUAGUCUUAUAACGUUGUAUAUAGUUUGUAAUAGGCAAAUAUCCGAACUGUUUGUAAGAAUAUAAAUAUUAGUCAUUCGUCUCCGAUACUUACUGUUAAUAUGUUUACGAAAUCGUAUAAGAUUUAAGCAAAUGUUUAUAAAUGAAUGUGCCAUGUAUAUUGCUAAUAUCUUGAAUAGAUACAUUUAUAUUAAAGUUUUUAUUGGGCAUGGUAAAUUUAAUUGUAAAUAAAUAUAUUGAUAUGUAAGCGAUAGAACACAUAUUUACUUUAUGAAUUGUUUAAAACAUAUAAACAGUUAAUAGUUGCCGAGUAUUUACAAAUUAAAAGUUACAAUUCCCAGUGCUUAUACUCCAACUGCAACUUGGGGGAUACGGUACGUGCAAGUAAUGGAUUUCGUGGCCAAAGUCUUCCAACAGUUAAACCAACUUUAUGAUAUUACAUUCUAGAUAUUUGUUCCGCGGUUUAUGAGAUAGUUAUUGAUAGAAUCGUUCAAGUUGCAGAUGGAGUUAUUUCCGCGUGUAUCUAAAUAAUGUAGUCGAAUAAUAAUAAUGUAACUUCUUCCGAACAUUGUACGUUAUCCUGAUCGUUACAAAAAAUAAUAAAAUCAAGGACAUGUCGUACUGUCUCUUAAUUUCAUCCGAAACCUUCGUUCCUCGAGGACUUU